AAUUAAAAUUAAAUGCUUCAUGUGAGCAAGUAAUACGCAAUGAGCAAGAAGCGGCACAGUAGUAGGCUGAUAUCCUUGAAUAUUGAUGAUGGGUUUUUUUCUGGGAAAAAGACGGUGUUCAGCAACAUGUGCUAAAGCAUAUUAUCCGGCCCUCCCUCCGCAAUGCAGGAAACAUUGUUGUAUCAGUUACAUUUCUUUAGCCAAACCAUGAAAAGGUACGUACCAGUUUACCCUGUUAAUGGAAUAUGCGUUCUGCCUAAAGAGAUUUAUUAUUCAUGGUUACAAGCCCCAAAGCAUUGACCAACAUUAAUUAUGUCUGAUAAAGUACUUGACAUGAAGAAUCCAGCAUGUUCCUUGCUCUGAAUUUAGCUAAACGGUGUAAUAGAUCUCAAACUUUGAUUACUUUUCUGGGGUAAAAGAAAAACAAAAUACUAAUUAAGAAAUACCAGUCGUAGAAGUCCGUGUAUAUAUUGGAUGUAAGGUUAAUUCUCAGCUAGCUAGCUACUAGUAUCUUUAGGCCUUUAGACAGAGAAGCUAUGGUGGGAUUUAACAGCAAAAUGUUUUUGAUUAUUCUGCUGGUUUUUGUGUAUAGUGCAGCAGAAAUAUUUGCAGCUACUGUAACCUGCCGCAAAGGACCAUGUUUUCUGAAGAAAAUAAGUUGCCCUGCCGAGUGUCCACAGACGACUUCGUACGAACCAAAAGCAAAAGUAUGCUAUUUGAACUGUAAUUCACCCGUUUGCAAGCCUGAAUGCAGACACCGAAAACCCAAUUGCAAUUCACCUGGAGCAGCGUGCUAUGAUCCUCGCUUCAUAGGCGGAGAUGGCAUUGUGUUUUACUUCCAUGGCAAGAGCAAUGAACAUUUCAGCUUAGUGUCUGAUUCCAGCCUGCAAAUCAAUGCUCGCUUCAUUGGCCUUCGUCCAGCUGGCAGAACCAGGGACUUUACUUGGAUUCAAGCCCUUGGUAUCCUCUUUGAUACGUGCACAUUCUCUCUCGAGGCUAAAAAAGUAGAAAAAUGGGAUAAUGAGGUUGAUCAUCUAAGGUUCACCCACAAUGGGAAAGAACUAGUCGUUCCCGAAGGCCAAUUAUCUUCAUGGCAAUCACCAGAAAACAAUAUUAGAGUUGAGAGAACAUCAAGCAAGAAUAGUGUACUAGUCACUCUUCCAGACAUAGCAGAGAUAUCGAUCAACGUUGUGCCUGUAACUAAAGAAGAUGAUAGGAUUCACAGCUAUCAGAUACCUUCUGAUGACUGUUUUGCUCACUUAGAGGUGCAGUUCAAGUUCUAUGGCUUAUCACCUAAAGUUGAAGGGGUGCUAGGAAGGACAUACCAGCCUGAUUUUGAGAACCCAGCAAAACCAGGAGUAGCAAUGCCAGUUGUGGGAGGUGAAGACAAGUAUAGAACAAGUUCUUUGCUCUCUGCUGACUGUGGAUCUUGUAUGUUCUCUUCAGCUGGAUCCUUGGACCAGGAGGAUCCAUUGGUGAUGGAUUUUAGCAUGCUUGAUUGCGCUGGUGGUUACAGCAGCGGACAUGGAAUAGUUUGCAAGAAAUAAGGGUCAAAGUUAUUGUCAUCUGCUCUGAGAAUAUUGGAAAGUUCUUUUUGUCAUUGAAUAAUUAAAUAGUUUAGCAUUUGAGUUGAGAAAGUUGGCUUCA